UCAGUCCAUUCGAGCAGCCGUGAAAACCCUGAACCCCUUUUUUAGAAAAGUCGUUGUUUUCACUCUGUGAGUGGCUCCAGUCUCUGAUUCCGAUUCCAGGUAUGCUCUCCAAGACUCGAACCAUCUCGUCCUAUCUGCACAGCCACGGCACCACUCUCACAUCGCACGCGAACCCAGAAAUCCACCUUCAGAUCAAACCCAUUUCGAGUCUGAAGGUGGUGUGGCGCAAAGACCCAAAGCUAGACCAGGCCAUAGAGAACGACAAGGCGUACAAGCUCUGCGCCCGGGUCGUGAAGGAGGUCCUAAACGAACCGGGCCAGAAAAUCCCACUCCGGUACCUCGAAAAAAGGCGCGAGAGAUUGCGCCUCAGAACCAAAGCCACAACCUUUAUUGGCAAAAACCCAGGUUUAUUUGAGGUCUAUUAUGAUAGAAUCAAACCCAAAACUGAGAAGGUUCAGUUUCUUAGGGUUAGUGAUAGGCUGAGAGAGUUUCUUGAAGAAGAGAAGAGGAUUAAUGUGGAAAAUGAGGGUUUGAUUGUGUCUAAGUUGUGUAAAUUGUUGAUGAUGGCCAACAAUAAGGUGGUUAGUGCUGAUAAAUUGGUUGAUGUGAAGAGGGAAUUUGGGUUCCCUAAUGAUUUUAUGGUGAAUUUGGUGCCUAAAUAUUCGCAGUAUUUUCGGCUGGUUGGGGGUUCCGGCGAGGGGAAGUCAUUCUUGGAAUUGGUUGAUUGGAACCCCGAGUUUGCGAAAUCUGUGAUUGAGAGGAGAGCAGAAGAGGAGUCAAGCUUGACAGGGAUCCGGGUUCGGCCUAAUUUUGAUUACAAGCUUCCACAAGGGUUUGUGUUGAAGAAGGAAAUGAGGGAGUGGGUUAGGGAUUGGAUGGAAAUGGAUUAUAUGUCGCCGUAUGAGGAUGUUUCGAAGUUGGAUCAAGCGUCCCCAGAAAUGGAGAAGAGGACGGUUGGGGUUUUCCAUGAGUUGUUGUCAUUGUCUUUGUUGAAGAGGAUGCCUGUGCCCAUACUGGGAAAAUUUUGUGAUGAGUAUAGGUUUUCAAAUGCAUUCCCGAAUGUAUUCACAAGGCAUUCGGGGUUGUUUUAUGUGUCACAGAAAGGAGGGAUCAAGACGGCGGUGCUGAGGGAAGCUUACAAGGAUGACCAGUUGAUUGAUCGGGAUCCGCUGCUACAGAUUAAGGACAAGUUUGUUGAGCUAUUGGAGGAAGGAUGGCGGGAGAGCACACAGCAGUUGAGGUUGCAAAGGGAACAAGUUAAGGGGAUGGCUGUGAGGAAUGAAGAAUAGGGAAAGCACAGGUACAAAGAAUGAUGGUGAUCAACAAAGGCAAGUUUUGCAACUAGAUGAAUGCUGGCAGCUUCAACCAAGGUUUUGUUGAAGAAGAAAAUGAGGAAGUGGAUUAGUGAUUGGGUGAAACAGGAUUUAUAUAUCACCAUAAGAGGAUAUAUCACUUUUGGGCAAGCUUCGCAGAAAUGGAGAACAGAGCAAGCUUCCAUAAGUUGUUAUCUUUGUCUUUAUGGAAGGGAGUCCUGUGCCCAUGUUAGUAAAAUUUUGGGAUGACUAUAGGUUUUCAAAUGCACUCUCGAAUGUAUUCAGAUGGCACUCCAGGAUAUUCUGUGUCAGAGGGACCAAGACGGUAGUGCUUACGGAAUUUAGAAGAAUGACCAGUUGAUUAAUCAGGAGCCACUGUUAGUGCUUAAGGAAAAUUUUAUUGAGCUAUAGGAGGGUAGCAGGAGAGAGUGGAGCAGAUGCAGUUGCAAAGGGAAGAGGUUAAGAACAUAGAGGUGUUGGCUGGGAAAAAUAAAGAAGAGGUGCAGAGAAUUGUGGUAAUUAAGAAGGCUUUGUUUUGCAACUAGAUGAAUGGUGACAGGAGCUAGGUAGUCAGUCAUGUCCCGCCCCUUAAGCAUGAGGAGGAAUCUGCAACAUGAUCUAUUUGAGCAAAAGUUGAUCUAAUUUGGUCUAACUCUGGAGUUGUAAGUAGAAAAAUCUGUGUCAAGGUGCAAUUUGAUUUCUUAGAUAUGUAUACGUGCUGACAAGUAGCUGCUGGAGGGCAUGCUCUCUGUGUUACACAGGCACUAGAUCUGAAAAUUUUUGUAAUGAAUUAACUAAUAAUAGGGGCAUCAGAUAAUUGUAUGCUAUUCUACUCAUAAUUGAAUUGAAAUAUCAUUUAGCUUCAUUCCCAUCCACUUCUGCAUUAGUUCCGUACGAACUUUGUAAUGACUGAGGUAGUUCAGCAGUUCCUGAGACUCUGUCAUGAAAUCAAUGUGAUUCAUGUAAGGAUUAGCAUAUUUUUGCAAACCUGAAUUUAUGCUUCGCUUAAUUA